CAUCAGAUUGAAGCUUUUGGAGAGAUUGAGGUUGCUGAUGCGAGAAAAGUAUAGUGAGUGCACUUUUGGAGAUAGGAUUCCCAUUUGAGAAUGAGGGUUUUUCCUGUUUGAUGUAUUUAAUAUCUUUUUCCCAAUGAUUGUGAGGCUUAUUUUGACUUUAGCGGCGUUUAUCUCUAAAUCUCCUUUGAAACGAAGUGAAGAUAUACGCUACAAAGCACUUCAAAAUGAAGGAAUGUUUGGAGGUGACAUGAUUUUACCGUCGCAUCGUAUGUUGCGAAAUGGAAUAUUGAGUGAGGAUUAUAGGUGGCCUGGUUAUCCAGGUGCAGCUUUUAUACCAUUCAUUAUAGAUUCAUCUCUUGAAGAUGAAAAGAAACUUAUCUUAGAAGGAAUGGAAGCUUACCAUAAAACUACUUGCGUGAAGUUUGUUCCGAGAACCACAGAGCGAGAAUAUGUCAAAAUAUAUAAAGGUGAAGGGUGUUUUUCCGCCGUCGGCCGAGAUAGAGAAUCCGUCCAACCACAGGAAUUAUCUCUAGCACCCGGAUGUCUGAACAUAGGAACAAUCAUUCAUGAACUUGGACAUACCAUUGGUUUCUACCACGAACAAAAUAGAUCGGAUAGAGACGAGUUCUUAAUCGUUCACAUGAAUAAUAUACCUUCGUAUCAGAGACACAAUUUCAGAAAGCUUAAGAUGGAUGAAAACAUACUUUUGACUCCUUUUGACUAUGAUUCAAUAAUGAUCUAUGGGAACUAUGCUUUUUCCAAAAACCCCGAUGAAGCCAUGACCAUCGAAGCCAAGACAGGACAAUUACUUUACGAUCCUUUUAAAAAAGUAAAUUUAACUCUUUCUGAUAUUGAUCGAGUGAAUAAAAUGUACAAGUGUUAAAUUUUAAUCACUGUAAUAUCACGUAUUCAUCAUUUUACUAUUUGUUUUCAACACAUCAUGAUGAAUUUAUGCACAUAAAUCACUUGAAAUAUUAGUGUGUGAAAAAAAAUUACAAAUUGAUAAUGAAAAGUCAUUUAGUCCUUGGCAUAAGAUUAAUGUAUUGCAUUGCAUUUAAAUUAAGUGUGAGUACACAAU